CGGCCUUAACUCAUGUCGGGCACAUUUCCGAUCGGAACUAUUGGUAUUCAGAGCGAAGCUUUUUCAAGUUGACAAGUCAGGGCCAAACUCUCCCCGGACGAUCAACUCGAUAGCCGAUGACGUGCUUGCGCUAAAAUCGAUGUUCCUGGUUUCGGACUUUUUAUUCCAUAGUCACGCAAUUCGCUUCCCCCACGAUCUGGAUAACUUUAAAUCAUUUAUUCGAGCCCUUUUCUCUUCUGGCCUCGUCUCGGCUCUACCUUGUCUACUUCCUUCUUCCUAGCCUUUCGAAAUCCCUUCAUUAACCUUCCGUCCUACCUUCACUGUCACCAAAAAGCACCUCUCAUCCAUCUCCAGCAGCAAAUAGCAAACAUGGCAACCAACAUAACAUGGCACCCCUCGCUCACCCGCGCCGAGCGCACCACAUACCGCCAACAACGCGGCCUCACCAUCUGGUUCACGGGCCUCUCCGCCUCGGGCAAAUCCACCAUCGCGACCGCCCUCGAGCAACACCUCCUGCACCUGGGCCUCUCCGCCUACCGCCUCGACGGCGACAACGUCCGCUUCGGCCUGAACAAAGACCUGGGGUUCAGCGAGAAGGACCGCAACGAGAACAUCCGGCGCAUCGCCGAGGUCGCGAAACUCUUCGCCGACAGCUGCACCAUCGCCAUUACGAGUUUCAUCAGCCCGUACAGGAAGGACCGGCUCGUGGCGCGGGAGCUGCACGCGGCCGUGAACCCGGCGCACCCGGACGACGAGCCGCUGCCCUUCAUCGAGGUGUUUGUCGAUAUCCCGCUCGAGGUGGCGGAGCAGCGGGAUCCGAAGGGCUUGUAUAAGAAGGCGAGGGAGGGCAAGAUUCCGGAGUUCACGGGCAUCAGCGCGCCGUAUGAGGCGCCCGAGAAUGCAGAGAUUGUGAUUCGGAGUCAUGAGGAGAGUGUCGAGGACGCCGUGAGGCGCAUCGUCGAGUACCUGGAUUCGAGGGGGCUGUUGGGGGUGGGGAAGGCGGAGGGGAAGGUGGGAAAUUAAGGGGGUUGAGGGAGGAUGGGAUUGGAUUGCACGGAUUGUAGGCAAUGGAUUGAUGGAGAAUCGAACGGAUUGAAGGAUUGGACUGAUACCACUUUGAUGGCUGAUAAGGCACGUACACGGUAUCCCGCAUUAUCGGCAACCCAUUUAAAAAGUCUCCGGAAGAUCCUCAAUCCAUCUAUCAACUGGAGAUAUGUAGCUUUGGCAGGAUGACCAGAUGAACCUAGAUGGGAUAAGUAUAUACACAAACAUCCAAGAGCGAACCAUAUCGUAACAGAACACUCUCAC